AUAACCUACCGACGCACACACACAGCGAUAUGGCUGCUUUCUAAAAUGUUCAUACAUUCUAAUAAGCAGUAGUAUUGACGUUCAGGUUUGUCAAAUAGUAAAAGUAAUUGCGAAGGAGAGCUCACAAGAGACGUCACGUCGUCUUUUUUUCUCUUCAAACAAUCGGGGAAAAUUACAGACACACAGUGAAAAUAAAGACGAAAAAUACGAAGCAUUUUCUUUUUGGUUUAAUAUUUUCGUAUUCCACGAACAAAACCCGUCGCACAAUUUCAUCGUGCAAAGACAAUUUUGUUUUUUGAAUCACAUACGCCGAAGAAGGGAAUUUCUCUGCACCAUUUUUUUUCAUCCAUCCAUCGAUUCAUCGAACAAGAGGCAUAACACGAAGCAUAAGUGGAAUUGUUAUCAAAUUAGUUGCCCCAGUUUGUGUUCUAAGUGGUUAAAUUUUCACAUACAAAACGCAAUUGAGUCCAUUUAUUUUGUGUUAGAAUAUUAGGUUUUUUGUUUUUGCAUUUUCUUGCCAAUUUUUUUUUUCUGUGCGAAUUUUUGUGCUACGAAGAAAGAAACAAAUUGUUCCAAACGAUUUCAUUCCUGAUUUGAGUUAUACACAUAAAUAUAUGCGUUGUUAUUUUCUGUUCCAACAACAUGGGGUUAAGCGCUUUUAAAUUAUUUUUGAUUGGUCUGGCUGUGUUGCUGUCAUGCAAUUUGGUGCUGUCAUUUACGACACCCGAAAAACAAGAUUUUCUCAACGAGCAACCACAUUACCACAGCGAAGAAGAAAUGCUGGACUUUAUGGCGCAUUUAGCGAAAAAGUAUCCAACGCUUGCGAAGGUUCAUUCAAUUGGCAGUUCGAUAGAAGGACGCGAUUUAGCAGUUAUUGAAAUCAGCAGCAAUGUUGGGCGUCGUGAUUUACUCAAGCCAAUGUUCAAAUAUGUGGCAAACAUGCAUGGUGAUGAGACGGUUGGACGUGAAAUGCUCAUCUAUUUGGCACAAUAUUUACUGGACAAUUAUCAUAUUUUGCCGGAAAUCACGAAUCUGGUGGACAGCACCGACAUAUUUUUAAUGCCUUCGAUGAAUCCAGAUGGCUUCAAUCGGUCAAAGGAAGGAUUAUGUGAAUCGCGCGAAAGAUAUGUUGGCCGUGGCAACGCGCUAAAUGUUGACCUGAACCGUGAUUUUCCAGAUCGUUUCGAGUCAUCAUUGGUCCAGCGUCUUAAGCAGAACCAACCCGAAACAGUGGCGAUGAUGAAGUGGAUCGUUUCUUUGCCAUUCGUUUUGUCGGCUAAUCUGCAUGGAGGAGCAGUAGUAGCAAGUUACCCAUACGAUAACUCAAUUCAUCAUAACGAGUGCUGCAAUGACAGUCCAACGCCCGAUGAUGCAAUGUUCCGCACUUUGGCUUUGGUCUAUUCGAAAAAUCAUCCAACCAUGCGAACUGGACACAAUUGUGAGGAAGUUUUCCCAGACGGUAUUACGAAUGGCGCUCACUGGUAUGAGCUCAACGGUGGCAUGCAAGAUUUUAACUACGUCAAUUCGAAUUGUUUUGAUCUCACAUUGGAGUUGUCAUGCUGUAAAUUUCCCAACGCAUCCGAAUUGCCAAGUGAAUGGGCAAAGAACAAGCGUAGCUUGAUCGAAUACAUAAAAAUGAUUCACCAAGGGAUCAAAGGUAUUGUUACCGAUCACAAUGGCUAUCCUUUGACAGACAUGGAAGUUCUGGUCGAAGGUUUGGAAACGAAACCAGUUCGUACAACUAGACGUGGCGAAUUUUGGCGCUUGCUUCUACCAGGAACUUAUAACGUUCAAGUGGUCGGCUUUGGCUAUGAGCCCAGCUCGAUUCAGCAAGUCACCGUGGUUGAUCAUCAACCAACCAUACUGAACUUUAGCAUGUCACCAGCACCAGCGGCUAUCGAAGGAAAUUAUUUGCACCCAAAGACAAUACGCUCAAACACGGGAGAGCAUGAGCAUGGAUUUAUUUUACCCGUUGAAUUCAAACACCAUAAUUAUGAAAAAAUGGAAAGAGUUUUGCAUGAUUUGGCAAAUAAGUAUCCAAACAUAACGCGGCUCUAUUCAAUCGGUAAAAGUGUUCAGGGUCGUAAGCUGUAUGUGCUUGAAGUAGCCAAAUAUCCCGGCGAACAUCGUUUCGGAAUUCCAGAGUUUAAAUAUGUGGCGAAUAUGCACGGAAACGAGGUUGUUGGUCGCGAGCUACUGCUUUUGCUAGCAAAAUAUUUAUGCGAGAACUAUAAAAUUGAUAAUCGAAUCACAAAUUUGAUUGAGACGACACGUAUUCAUUUGCUGCCCAGCAUGAAUCCAGAUGGCUAUGAACUAUCUGUGGAGGGCGAUGCGAGAUCAUCGGUCGGUCGGAAAAAUACAAAUAAUAUCGAUUUGAACAGAAAUUUCCCGGACCAGUAUGGAACGAAUGAAUUCAAUCGAAAUACACAACCGGAAACACUAGCAAUAAUGGAAUGGACGAAAUCGCUGCCAUUCGUUUUGUCUGCCAACUUGCAUGGAGGAUCAUUGGUAGCUAAUAUACCCUACGAUGAUUCGGUCAAAGAUUUUCAACCGGGACACAAUGAACGAACCGUACCAAAUUUGACACCAGAUAAUUUGUUGUUUGAACAUCUGGCUAGGGUAUACUCGAAUGCCCAUAAAUCCAUGCAUUUAGCGCCAAAGUGUCCAAUGUUUAACGAGAAAUUUGAAAAUGGCAUCACCAAUGGAGCUGCUUGGUACAGUGUAACAGGUGGAAUGCAAGAUUGGAAUUACGUUUUUGCUGAUGUAUUUGAAAUCACGUUGGAAGUUGGUUGCACGAAAUAUCCAAUGGAAAGAGAUCUACGAGAUUAUUGGGACGACAAUCAGGAGGCUCUUAUUCAAUACAUUGAACAAGUACAUCAAGGUGUAUUCGGAUAUGUUAAGAGUUCGAUUGGAAAACCGAUCGAAAAUGCUGCCAUCAUAAUAAAUAACAAUACACACGUCUCAUAUACAUGGAAAACGGGUGAAUUCUGGAGAUUACUACUACCAGGCCGAUACAAUAUCACUAUCGAAGCUGAAGGUUUUGAAUCUCAUUCAGAAGAAAUUGUGAUUACUGAACAAGAUAAAGUGCUGCGAUACGAUGUGAGCCUCAUGCAUGAUGAUCCACAACAUUGGUCGUCCGCAUACGACUACAGAAUUAUGGAUAAUAUCAUCAAUACAAAUUAUCACACUGACGAACAAAUCAAGCGAAGAUUUGCAGAAAUCGAGAGCAAACACAUAACGAUUGCCAAGUUCGAAGCCAACGAAAAUGAGAUAUCCAUGUCAUUUCCAUCGUUAACUGUAACAGCAGAUAUCGGUUCCCCGGAAGAGACAAAGCUGCACAUUUUGGUUCUGGGCUCAUUUUUUGAUACUUCACCCCUUGGACGAGAAUUGACUCUAAAUUUGGCGCGACACGUCAUUGAAGGUUAUAAAAUACAGGAGCCGCCAUAUAUUCGUUUGCUAAGCAAUUCAGUGUUGCACUUUGUUCCAUUCACCGACAGUUUUGAAUUUAUUCUCGGUCAGUAUUCAAGCAACACAAGUGUAUGCGAUCCAAUUAUCCGUGAAGAAUUUGCUGAUCGCCUCCUAAGUCCGGAGUUUAACAAGAAGAAAUCGGCAUUUUUGAAUAUGUUGGAAUCAAAUCGAUUCGAUCUGGCGAUGACAUUUUCGGCUGGCGGUUUUGAAAUUCAAAGUCCACGCACAGACGAUCCCAACUCUAUAUUUGCGAAAUCAGCGAUUAAAAUGGCCGAAUUCCGACUAAGAGAAACAUACCAAGAAUGUGCACUCAAUCCGCUUCGCAUUCAUCAGACAUCAACAUUACAGAAAAUCACACAGUUCCUUCUGAGUUCCUACAAACUUCCAUUGUACUCGAUUCAAGUGAGCUGCUGCAAAAUGCCACCGCACAAGACGAUAGCGGAUAUUUGGCGGCACACCAUACACAAAGCUCUCAAUUUCUUGAAGCUAACCGAAACAGGUGUCAAAGGAUCGAUCCGAGAUGUUCAAGGUGCUCCGCUUAGGCAAUCGAUCAUAACGGUUGUAGGCACCGGUUUAACGAUACCAGUUACAAAGAAUAUGGCCUAUUUCCGGGUCAUUUUGCCAGCCGGCCAAUAUGAUCUGCAAAUCAAUAACAAUGAAACUGGAAUCCAAACGGUACCCAUCAACUUGUCCGAAGGACAAAUAAUUGAUCUGGGAAAUAUUCUACUCGCAGCGAAAAAAGCGGCUAAAUAUCACCAAACAAUGGCUCAAAAUAUUGGAAAAGCUGAAGUCAAAGCCAUUCUCGGCGGUAAAUUGUCGGGUGUGGUUUUGGAUGAACGAAAUCAUCCGAUCAAGGGGGCACAAGUUUAUCUGCUUGACUCAAAAGAGAAAAUCAUGAAUACGAGUGAUGGGAUGGGUAAAUUUCAACUUUCCGAAACGCCAUUCGGAACGGUCACUCUUAGGGUGGUUGCCUAUGGUCACGAAAGUGCUACUAGGAAAAUCAUGGUGAAUACUACCAUAUCUGCUGUACCAAUCGUGCUGCGUUUGGCUAUCGACGAAAGUGUGAUGGGACUACCACGACUAGCCUUCGUCCUUGUGUUCGGCUGCAUCGGAGUUCUGACCGUUGGAUUUAUCGCUCUGAUGAUUACAUGCUGCUCGCAACGGAGGAAGGACAAGAAUUAUUAUAGCUUCUCAUUACUCUCACAAAAGCCUGAGCAACGAAAACUUUUUGAAGACGACGAUGAGGAUGUUGAUGAAACGGAACUAUUCCGCACACCGAUCAAAAGUAAAUUACAACCAUACUACGAUGACGAUAGAGAGCCAAUAAUGGAGACUGACGAAAUGGAUUCGGAAGAAGACAUAAUAAUGGUCAGCAAUCCAAAUAAACACGAAUACCAUGACUAAAUCUACUAAAAAAGAAGAAGAAGAAGAAGAAGAAGAAGAAUGGGGUUGUGCUAAAGCAUUUGAAAUUGGCAUUUAUAUUCGAAACCAAAAUUUCAUCCACAUGCUAGACAAUCAGAUACAAUUUAUUUAGCAUUCGAACUAGGACUGCGAAUAAUUCCACAUACAUGUACAUUCAUCGAUCAAUCGAUAACUACUAAGUACUACAGUUGAAGCAUAGAAAAACAUUUAGAGCUUGUGGAAAUGGAGUUUUAUUGUAAUUUACAAUUUGUAAAUUGUUCAAACAAACAAUUAAAAAAUGUAGAUAGAUUGCGGUAGUUGUGAUGUUAGAUGUUACAAAUUGACAUAAUAAGUAACGCUGCCGUUAUGUUCCGACCGCAAAAUAUUAGUUUAUUUUACUAAAUGACAUUUUAAUGAAUUUGAAUGGCCUUCCGAAAUAACAAACAACAAAAAUUUUGACUAGUAUAAACUAUAAAUUGUGAAACCAAAAUUUAAAUCAAAUUUAUUGAAAGUGUAUUUUUGUUGAUUUGUCAACACAGAAUUUAGUGGCUGAAACCAUAUAUAUAUAUUUAGAUGAAUUCCGUAUAGAAGAAAAUUGCUGAAACUUAAAAUGGAUUAGACUUAGGACCAAAAACAAAAAUAAUAUCAUGUUAUACACAGUGGUCGAUGCUAAUGCACAUCGACGAAAACACUUCGAUAGCUUCCUCUCCCCAAAUCCCAAUUCUAAACAGAAAAAACUAGAGUACAAAACACAUAAACUUCUAAAUUCUAAAUACAUAGAAAUAUAACCAACACACUUUUGAAUAAUACCACA